CAGUUACAACUGGCAUUAGGAAUAUAUCAGUUAACUCACUCACUCACAUCUAAUUUUGCACAUUUUAGUCUUUUUUUGAGUUAGAUGGGGAAUGACUUCAACAAGUGACAUGAUAGGCAUCUAUGGCUUCACUUAAUUCAUAUCAAAACUUUACCACUAUCCCCAUCUUGUUAAUCACUAUCAUAUUCAUUCUUCACCUUCUGCUUUGUUCUGUUUCUUGCUUCAACCAACCACACCCUACAAUUCCUCCAAGGGAAUUGUUAUUUGAAGAGAAAAACAGAAUAGGUUCAGCUCCACCUACAUGCCAUAACAAGUGUAACCAAUGUCAUCCAUGCAUGGCAGUACAAGUUCCAAGUUUACCAAGCCAUGAACAUGUUCAUCCAAGUGUUACUACUCCAACUUCUUCGAUAAAAAGUGGUUUCUUUCUUCAAGGUAACAACAGGUACUCAAAUUACAAGCCAUUGAGUUGGAAAUGUCAUUGUGGUGGACACUUUUUCAACCCUUAGAAAUUACAUUGUUAAUUUCGACCAUCCUUGAUGAUGAAUGGAGAUUAUUGUAAAAUGGAAAAAAAAAUGCCCCUUUUCUUUUUUUCAUUAUCUUUUAUUUUAUAAUUUAUUUAUCUAAAUUAUUGUUCCAUGAAGGGUCAAUGGGAUUGCUUUUUUUUUUAUUUUUUUUUUUUACUUUUCACUGAUGGGCCAGUUGCAUCAGCAUUGAUUGUGUACAUCGGAGUUUGAUACACUUGUACAGAGUUUGUUACAGACCUGAAAUCUUACUUUAUGGUUGCGUCUAAAUUUUGUCAAACUUUCUUUUCAA